AUGCAUGGCUUUCAUUCGAAAGAAAGAGUGAUGAGGUACAGAAUUCUGAUGGAAACCCAGGUUUUGGUACUGUACUGGAGCAUCCCACACAAAGGUGAUGCUAAAUGGCUUUACAACCAUUCAACGACAGCUGGCUUAUCAUGGAUGAACAAUUCUACUAAUAUGAUAUACGUCCGAACAAGGGUAGAGGCACCAGAAUUAGAUAUCCACAACUUCGAGCGCACCAGAUUACAUCUACAAUUGACGACAAGGCUGAAGGAUAUUGCGAUGAGGACUUUUAUAUUUCCAGGGUCUAGGCUCGACAGUAUCAAGAUGGUGGACAAUUACAAUGGUUGUGACUUUCACGGCUAG